AUGAGCUCUUCAUCCCUCAAGCAGGCAGCCGAGGCCGCACGAACUCGCACUUCAGAAGUCAUGAAGGGAGACGGUGCUGCGGUCGCCAAUGACUUCCUCCACACCCCACUCAUGAGAGCAGCUUUGCCCUUCAUCAACGGCGGUAUUAGUGGCAUGGUAGCCACCUCCGUCAUUCAACCAGUCGACAUGAUCAAGGUCCGCAUCCAGCUCGCUGGCGAGGGUGUUUCUGGAGGACCUAAGCCCACGCCCUUGUCCGUGACCAAAGAGAUUCUUGCCAGCGGAAAGGCCCUCGACCUUUAUACCGGUCUGUCGGCCGGUCUCCUGCGCCAAGCUGUCUACACAACGGCCCGCUUGGGCUUCUUUGACACCUUCAUGGGCAAGCUCGGCCAACGGGCCAAAGAUCAAGGCAAGGCCAUUGGCUUCAAGGAACGUGCUACCGCAGGUCUUGCUGCUGGAGGUCUUGCGGCCAUGAUUGGCAAUCCUGCCGACCUCGCUCUCAUUCGCAUGCAGAGCGACGGACUUAAACCCCUGGCUGAGCGUAAGAACUACAAGAGCGUUAUCGACGCCCUCUCAAGCAUCGCAAAAUCCGAAGGUGUUGGCGCCCUCUGGGCCGGCGCCGCGCCCACGGUCGUCCGUGCUAUGGCUCUCAACUUCGGUCAGCUCGCUUUCUUCAGCGAGGCCAAGGUGCAGCUCAAGCAGAACACGCAGCUGUCCUCUCAAGUACAGACCCUCACCGCAAGCGCCAUUGCUGGGUUCUUUGCCAGUUUCUUCUCUUUGCCCUUCGACUUCGUCAAGACUCGCCUGCAAAAGCAGUCCAAGGGCCCCGACGGCAAGCUUCCGUACAAAUCAAUGGUCGACUGCUUCGCAAAGGUGGCUAAGCAGGAGGGCGUGAUGCGCUUCUAUCGCGGUUUCGGCACUUACUACGUCCGCAUUGCUCCUCAUGCAAUGGUAACACUCAUUGUUGCCGACUACCUUGGCUUCAUCACCAAAUAG